AUGGUCACCAUCAGCGAGGGGGAUGCGCUGGCUGCCUGCGGGUCUUUCGCUUUCGCCAGAGCGGUUGUGGAGGGCUGCCCGUACAGCAGCAGCGAAGCGCUCGUCGACAGAGCGAGGCAGAUCUGGUGGACAGAGGUUCCGAUCAGAGGAUGGCUGCAAGCGUUCGAGGCGCACCCGCGCAUCGGCGACAUGAAAACAUUGAGGACAAAGCACGGGGCUUUUGGUGAGCUCAGCCGCGACGAGCAGGCAGCUGCAAGCAGUGCCAACCAGGCCAUCCUGGGGGAGCUGGCCUACAUGAACCAGCUCUAUGAGCAGCGCUUUGGCCACAUCUUCAUCAUCUGCGCAUCGGGCAAGACAGCCAACGAGAUGCUGGCGGUCAUCAAAUCCAGGCAUGCUCCUGCUCCAUUUGUGAUAGAGCUGCUCAUAGCGGCAGCGGAGCAGAUGAAGAUCACGGAGCUGCGCCUGCACAAGCUGCUCAGCGGCAGCCGCAGCCCGAGCUCCCCCGCGGAGCCGGCCGCCUAUGCGCAGGUCGAGCGGCGAGCAGGUCAGAUCCAAGCCCACCUGGUGGGAAACGGUGAGGCGGGGCGCUCGCCGAUCACCACACACAUGCUGGACACCAGCCUGGGCAAGCCGGCGGCUGGCGUGGGUGUGCAGCUGCACAGGCGCUGCCCCGGCAGCACCGCUGCCUGGCAAUUUGUUGUGCAGGGCACCACAGACCCCAAUGGCCGCAUCAGCGACCUCCUGCCUCCCUCCAACUCCAUCGAGCCCGGCGUUUACAGGCUGACCUUUGACGUGGCAUCCUACAUGAAGCUGUGCCACCUGGCAUACCCCAACUUCUUCCCAGAAGUGGCCUUCUACCCCCAGGCUAGCAUCACCUUUGAGAUCAGCCCCGCACAGGUCAACGAGCACUUCCAUGUGCCGCUGACUUGGAGCCCGUAUGGAUACAGCACCUACCGUGGCAGCUGAUGCAAGUGCUGUUGUCGGUUGAGACCUUGUCCUCGUGUGUUUUAUCACUGCAGAAUUGAGGUCCUGUCCCUGUCUUGGUGGCGGUAGAAGUAUUUGUUUGUUAGCAGCAUUGGCUUUUUGGGUUUUACAAGUGUCAUGACUUUCUCAGAUCCAUACCAUUGCAACCCUGUCUGCGUUGUCACAAUGCCUUGGGGCCCCUGGCCGGCCUCAUGCAAUGAUUGUUCAACUUGUUGAACAUGUGCGUAACUUGUUUUGAGACCAAAGGCACUUUUUUGAUGUCAUUUUCCCUGCAGCACCCGAAACCUGUUCUGAAUUUAUUCGCAGUGGCCCUUUCGAGAAUCCAGAAUGAUGUCCUUAAGGUUGAUUUCUUUGUUGGUCAGAUCUGAAGGAUCCUCCAAAGUUGGUGAUGAAUGUUUGGCUUUUGCUUAUUAAGUUUCCAUC